GGCUGUUGCUGCGAUCGGUGUUCCUCGAAAUGAAAAGUGUGCGCUGAAUAGAGGGAGUGUGCUGGUAUUUCUCCCUCAUCAACCUCUUCGCAAGCUUCGUGCAGCUCGGAUUACGUCGUUGGAAUCGGCGCGUGCGUGUUUGUGUUAUCAGUGAAGUGUUUUUUUUCUGUGCAUAACAAGUUCAACGAGGCGAGGCGCACUCCACCAACGAGGCAGAGGCGACCGUCGCUCGGGGGUCGUGAUUUGCGCGUUCCCGUCGGGGGGGGGAACUGGUGCAGAUCGCUAGGCCUUGCGCUACCGGAGCACAAGAUACGAAGACUCGUUUUUUCGCGAGUCAGACUGAUUAGUCGGCGUUUGUGAAACCAUGGAAGCCAUAGCGAAGCACGACUUCACGGCGACGGCCGACGACGAGUUGAGCUUUCGCAAGGGCCAAGUGUUGAAGGUUCUGAACAUGGAGGACGACAUGAACUGGUACCGGGCCGAGCUGGAUUCCAAGGAGGGCCUCAUUCCUAGCAACUACAUUGAAAUGAAGAAGCACGACUGGUAUUAUGGACGCAUUACACGAGCCGAUGCGGAGAAGCUUCUAUCGAACAAGCACGAGGGAGCCUUUCUGAUUCGCGUCAGCGAGAGCUCACCUGGUGACUUUUCUCUCUCUGUUCGCUGUGGUGAUGGCGUCCAGCACUUCAAGGUCCUACGAGACACGAUGGGCAAGUUCUUCUUGUGGGUAGUGAAGUUCGCUUCGCUUAACGAGCUGGUUGAGUACCAUCGCUCGGCCUCCGUCAGCCGCUCGCAGGACAUCAAGCUUCGCGACAUGCACCCCGAAGAGGAGACCACGCCCGGAGUCCAACCUCAGCCGAGGCACCAGCAUGUACUGACUCCCCUCAAGGUUCCGACAGGAAACAAUGCCGGCCAGACAGCUCAAGUCGGAGCUGGUGUACUGGAAGAUAAGAGCCAGUGCCUCGUGCAAGCCAUGUACGACUUCCAGCCCCAGGAGAACGGGGAGCUCGAGUUUCGUCGCGGUGACAUCAUCAACGUCCACGACCGCUCGGAUGCCAACUGGUGGGAGGGCGAGAUCGGCUCGCGCCGGGGGUACUUUCCGGCCACUUACGUGGUGCCCUACCACACGUAGUGUGCUCUCCCCGACGAGUCCACGCCGGGCGAAGGCCACUAUGGGCUGUCACAGUCUUGUCCCACGGCGCGGGCCACCCCAUCUGUAGGGAGAAGGAAGAGGGUGCUUUCUCCUCGCCGCGCGGUGAUCUGAAAUUUUGUCUAGCAAUGCCAGUCCAACGGGCUGGGCUCUUUGUAUUGCUUCAGUCCACGUGUGGCAGCAAUGGUCUGAACAAAAAAGCAUAGAUAGGUGCUGCAGUAACACAGCAUAAACUGCAAAGGAUGACCAUGUGACAAUUGGCGAUGAACUUCCUCAGACAUAACUUGGCUUUGAAAGUGUGAGUGUAGUGCUGGUUAUCGGGUGCUUCUUUUGUCUUGAUUAUGUCACGCUAUGACUAAGCAGCUCGAAGAGCCCACUAAGCAAGCCUGCCAUGUCUUUUUUUUUUUUUUUUCAAGCAGUGCAAGGUGCUCUUUUUCUCAGGCCACUCUCAAUCAAUGCGGCAUCGAAAAGUGGUAGGCUUGUGGACUCCCAAGUUGAGGUCGCUCACAGAGCACGUCAAGUGGGGGUAUGCCACAAAUGCACGAGGGGAGAUGCUAGGGGUGUCCCCGGACAGUUGUUGGGACCAGUAGUGUGUCCCCCAUUUAGUUUUGUCGUGCUCUUUUUUUUUUUUUUUGUACUGAGGAGAAUUUGACAUCAGGCCAGUUAUCCCCCCUGCCUUCCUCCUGAUAACAUUGAUCAGUGAAAUUCGCUGCAGCUAUGGCGGAGGCGCAGCCGAGGUCAUUAGUGUUUGUCGCUGUCCCCACACCGAAAGGUUGCCAGCCACAAUCGCUGUUAUCUGAAAGAGAAUUGCAACUUCGGAAAGCACCGGUUUACACCAAUUGUCGCUGGUGUGGCUCAACUGGUCAUCUAGUCUCUUCUCUCGUGAGACUCUUCCAAGUUUGGCUUCGCGAGGAAGCUCGGUGCAUUUUGAGGCUACUAUUGCGCCAAAGGGAGGCAUGUGUGUAAAACUGUUGGACAAACGCUGGCACUCCUGUAGUUGCAUUCUGUGCUUUACAGAGUAUGUCCACCGGGUUCCUCGGCUAGCUAAUAUCACUCAGUGCUGUUACAGCAGCGCCAGGUGGAGCAGCGUAGCCAUAUUCAGGGCUUCGUCGGCGUAUGUCACAGCAGAAAUGUUCUCGAUUACAUUUCACAGGAACAGGUUUACCUCUUUCAGUAUUCGCCAGGUUUGAAUAACAUCUUUUCAGCCACGAACAUGGAUUCGGUAUUUGCCGUCACAGGCGUGAUGUCUCAGGGCAGUGCGUGACACGGGUGCCUUAUCGUGUUGAGGCUACAGAACGUGAAAGGCUGUGAAGACCGCAAUGCUUAUCGCCUAGGUAUGCCUUGUGGGUAGCUAAGCGGUGCGAGGAAAGUAGGGGGUCACCCAGAGCUUCCCGCAUUCUUUGUUGAGGAGGCAGGGUCAAUAAGUUGUGGAACGGGAGUCUCGCGCACCAUUUUCUACUUGCACAGCAUUCACCAGAACCUGGCAUGACGCACAGUGCGAACUUCAAACCAUGAUGAGGCAACGACCAUGGGUGAACUGUAAACUGGAUCUGUGGACACGCUCUACUACUUCGGGAACCGUUGGAUAGCAGCAGUUGUGAAGUGGAAGCAUGGUAUUGUAAGUGUUUGUUUUGUGGUUCAUAAAGUAAGGGUAGGAGCAACUCUGAAGGAGCCACAACUUUGCCAGCACUGUUAAGUGCAGUUUACACAGCCCAUGUUUCUUUUUUCUUUUUAUGUUAAUCCACAUCCUGACAGCUUAUCGUUGCACUUUUGUUUUUCAUCUGCUCAAAAAAUUGUGUGGUGUCAGUAUCGUCCAUUCUAGAAAAAUGCUAUCAAUUCUGCAACUUUUCUGGAUUCCACAUUGCUUCAUUUGCCGAGGCACAUCUCCCAACAGCAUGCAGUAGUAAAUAAGCCCAUCAAGCUACUGUGCCAAAUCAUGAAUAGGCCAUACUUCUCUACGAGUAGGCAGCUUUUGUCUGUGGCAUAGAGAAAAGGACAAUCCGGUGCAUGUUGCAACAUUUGGGGUAAGAAACAUCGGGUUGGUUUCGCAUCUGAUAAGCCAUCAUCCUUCCAGAUUUGCAUAUAAGUGUGCCAUCUGCUUGAAAGUUUGUGGAAGCCCAGACACCCUGCCUUCAGGAGACUUCCGGUUAGUCCAUAACUCUGUCAAGUAUUCUUUUAGUGGCCACCAGAAAAGGGCUACCUUGACACUGCGCCCUUUUGAGCUGCUGCUAAUGUUAUGAUACUUUUGAUAUGAAAAAUGUAUGGGAAAGCCUUUCCUUUGAGCUCAGUGUUACGGAUGCCAGCAUUGUGUUUGCUUUGCCAAAUUGACAAGAGCAUAUUGUGUCCGUUGCUUUGUAUGAACUAGAGUGUGUAGGCAACCCGCAAUUGUCCUGUACACGUGCAUUCCGCAUCUUAAGCUAGCCGAAUGUACGGCAAAAUGCUGUGGUGGUGCCAUCUGUUCACGUGUUGCACGAUUUAUUCUGCGUAGACCAGACGUGGUAGAGGAGGAACGUGGCAGGAACAAAGAGCUGCGCCCCGUUCGGCUUUGACACCGGAGGGUUGUCCGAGGACUCCAUGCCGCGAGCUUUUGGAAAGCAUUGCAGAUCUCUUUGUGUACAAGUUGAAGAUGUCUUGCACUUCUUUUUAUACCUUGCUGUUCUCGUUAGUUGCGGCUGCAACGGAUGUGUCAUUGCUGCGGUGUUGCUCGUGCAUUGCGGUAAUGGUGUGCACGCUUAAAUUUCGAUCCCAGUUUGGCAACCUGUAACAGCUUUGUCUGGUCUGCUUAAAGCCCUCUGAGGCAUACAGUCUUGCUGGUCCCCAUGCAGAUUGUGCCUAUCUCUGCUUUUACCUUAUCAGCUGCAUUGCUCUAUGACAGCUCACUGUCUCGUUAUCGUGGAACAUAGAGCGAUUGUAGUGUUCCUCGCCGUUACUCGUCUACCCCAUCCUGUUCUAUUUUUUUUUUGUGGGGCCAGGGAUGAACCUUACUUUCUCUUGUACUAUUAUUCUCUUCGUUUUUGUUCAAAGUUUGUUUUAGAAGUCUAUUCGUUUUUUUUCCUGUUUUUUUUUUGUCAUUCAUUUAAAGACAGCAGUAUGCAAGUGAAUAGUGUGAGUGUGUUUGUAUGUAUAUAUACUGCCAAUGCUUUCCAUCUCCUCACCCCCUUUGUGUCUUCCUUAUACCAAUUUUUGUUUUUAGCACAAAUACGGAAAUACAGAUGUGUUGCAAUUAUGGGCUAAUAUAAUAAGGCACCGCUUCUUCGGUUCAACGGAAGCACUGUCAUGGGCCACUGCCUGUUUCAUGUUUAUGUACUGUCAUAGAGAGUUUGUCUGCUUUGCUUCUUUAUUGCCAUCUUGACACCACUAUUUUGCUAUGGGCGCUCAAUUUGACCUUUGUUUGUGUGGUCCUGCGGCUUCUGUACCCUUUCUCGCACUCUUUUGGGACACGAGACAACGGCCGCAGCAAAGUGUGUCGUCUAGUCAGCCGUCCCCCCCUCCCUCCCGCAUCCUCCGUGUCUCGUGCCCCUUGCUCGCAUGUUGCAUCCGGCUACAGUGGCCGUCUCGCAGGUCUCUCGAGCUUGACUUCAAGCAAGAGCUACGAAAUCGUCCAUGCAGUGUACGGGGCCUCGAGUAGCAAAGGGGGAUUCAGUUCUUUAUGGCAUCCUCUGGUGGUUCUGGCAACCUUUAUGUUGUUUAGGAGGUGCUUGGUUCUGGCAUCCGUAAAGUUAUUACUACCACUAGAACUUCCAAUCAUAGCAGCAUCAUUAUGGUCUUCACUAGACACGUUUAUCAUCAGUGAUCUGUAAUGGCGUUAUGGAUGCCAAAACAUGCAUUUGUAAUGGAAUCCGUAUGUCCUUCAUCAGGCACGUUUUAUCGUCAGUGGUUUGUAGUAGCUUUACGAAUGCCAUAGCGUGCAUGUGUGAUGAAAUACAUAUUUUCUUCACUAGGCAUGUUUGUCAUCAAUAAUCCGUAAUGGCGUUGUAGAUGCCAGAACGUGCAUUUCUAACACAUUCAUAUGAUCUUUAACAGGCACUUCUAGGCACAUUUGUUGCCUGGUCCAUAAUGGUAUUAUGGAUGCCAGAACAUCCAUUUGUAAUGGAAUCUGUAUGUUCUUCACCAGGCUCUUCACUACGCUUGUUUGUCAUCAGUGAUCUGUAAUGGCUUUACCGAUGCUGGAGCGUGCAUUUGCGGUGGCAUCCAUAUUGUAUUUACCAGGCACUUCACUAGGCACGCCUGUCAUCAGUGAAUCAUACAGGCAAUACAAAUGCCAAAACGUGCAUUUGUAAUCGAAUACGUUCAUUAUUCACCAGGCAUUUCAUUAGGCACAUUUCUCGUCGCUGAUCUGCCGUGGCUUAGGUAUGCCAGAAUGUGCACUUGCUAUGGAACCAGUAUGUUCUUCACCAGGCACUUCUCUAGGCACAUCAUCAGUUAUCCGUAAUGGCAUUACGGAUAACUGUGCAUAUUUAAUGACAUCUAUAUAAUCUUUACUAGACACUUCUGUAGUCAGUGCUCUUGCUUCGUGUUUUUUAUUUCUCAACACGAGUAGUACUGGCUUUUGUGGCAAGGCUCACAGUGUCUUUCUUUCAUCGCCUGCUAUUGGAUGUCUUUCCUGGGCAUUGUUGGCAACAAUUUAGUCACGUGUCCUCGGCUCCGGCCCAUGACAUCUACACAUUGAUUCGCCUCCUUGGUGGAUCGAGUUGAAACUUUGAAAAUAUAUGUGUUGCACCAACUGUAGUGCUUCGGUGAUAUCCUAGACUUGCAUUUGUAUGCCUAGCCAGUUUACUGAAUCACCAUCGUGCUCAGGCAGAUUUUCAUUACAACAGUGACCGAGCAGUAUAGGCAGGUAAUGUCAUUCAAUUCGGAGCUAUGUAAUAGGAAGGCCAUUUUUAUUGUGAACAUGCGUAUAUCACAUAGUUCGCAGCUACUUGUGCACAAAAAUUGAUGUCUCCUCUGUUGCAUGUCUGCGAAUGAAACUCUCCUGUCCUACGUAGCCUGGUGGAAUGGAACCUGUCUGCAGAUUGCCAGCAUGUUUAUUCUGGCAAAAUGACCAAACUUCUCUGAUGACAUUACAUGUGGACUUGGAUGUGCACACGGUAUGGUGCUUUGCUUAGUAUUUGCUGCCUUAUAUGCUGAAUUUCAACAGCAUGCACUACCCUUCAACCUAUAGCUCAUUUUACUUUGUUUGAAUGUGUAAACGACCCUGUCAUGCCACCAGGUACAGGGAUGCCAUCCCAUACAUUGAGGGCCUCUAAUAGACUUUUUUUUUGGUGGCUUCUCUUUUUUUUUUCUCUCUCUUUUUCUUAGAGCCACUGUUGCGUGUUUGUUUUCCCGACUUUGGUAUACCGUCUGUGGCAGCAGCCGUAUUGCUUCUCACAUACACACAUAUUUAGCAAAGUCUUCCAGUGUUUUGUCCAUUUGCAUUCACACGUUUUUGUCUCACAUUGAAACACUUCUGUGGUCACACACUUACAUUUUAUGGUCGGAAGUGAGGUGUGGAGACACGGCAGGUAGAUUGCCUUGCUUUAGUUGAACUGCGCCUAAGUGAGUGUUUUUCAUUAUGGCUGCAUCAAGCAGUGUCAGGCCCCUCUUUGUCACUCUCUUUUGUGUUUUUUUUUCUUUUACCUUUUCUGCAUACUCUAAAUCUCUUUGAGUUAGGGGGAGAAGUCUCACAGAUCGUUGGCGGGCUUUUGAUGUCAUCGCAGUGAGCUCUUUGGUACUGCAAGUGUGUGCACUUUCCACCUUUCAGUCUUUGUGCCACAGUGUGCAUGUUGUAUCCUGAACACCACCCUGCUUCAAAGUCGAUACACUUUGUGCUGGCAUUUGUCCAGCGUACUUUCCUUUGGCUCUGAGUUGAUGUUUGCUUCAUGGGGGAAUUUCUACAAGCCCUCGAAGGAGCAUUGUCGAGGAAAUCCUACUGGAACAAAUCUUGCCUUUGCUACUACUACUGCUACUGCUCGUCCAGUAGUGUUGUGCACAGUUCAGGUUUUGGUCCGUCUUUCGGCAAAACCUUUGUACACACACACUGGUGGAGUGCUUGAGUGGCGGCAGCCUUACUGGAAGAAGAGCACUCAAGAACUGUCUAGGCAGGCUUUUUUUUUUCUUUUUUGCAUUCUUUUAUUAAGCUGCACAGGUGAGAUGUGCCGUGUUUCGCUUUAUGUGCUUUCGUGCACUUGUUUGCUCAGCACUGUCCCCGAGUUGUAGCGAUACUUUCAGGAGCUGUUCUUCCUGUAGAAAACCUUUUUUUUAGUGUUGUUCUUCAUGGUGAGAACACCAACCGAGCUUUGAAGUGAUGUCUGUUUUGAAGAAAUUUUAUGUAAAAGUGUGCGUGUGUGUGUGUCGUGAGUGUGGUGUGCUUUUUUUUCUGCAUGGUGGUUCUACAAGUGUACAUGCGAUCGGUAUAAAAAAAUGUGAACCUGUUACUUGAGAACAAAAAUAAAAUCAAUUGUUUCUUUA